AUGGCUCGUUUACUGCAACUGCGGGCGCCAGUGCUAAGCAAGAGCGUCCAAGCCGCCACCCUUCUCGCUCUGCUUGUCUCGACUGCUCAGGCGCAUGAGCACCAUGAAGACAAGAUUCCUGAAGGCGAGGCCAUCUCACCGGAUCCUCUGGACACAACGUUAUGGAUCCACAUCCUCGUCCAGAUAUUCGCAUGGGGCAUUCUGUUCCCUACUGGCAUGGUCCUCGGUAUCGUGCGCUCGCGAUGGCACGUCCCCGUCCAAGUCACUGCCACUGGUCUCGCUGUUCUAGGCUACUUCCUCGGUCACGCCCACAAAGGUCGCCAAUUCAGCAAGAACGUACACGCCCAAUAUGCUCCUUGGUUGAUGAUGAUGGUCUUUGCUCAAGCCGCCAUGGGCAUCUAUCUUAGGCUCCACAUCGAGCGUGGUUUCAUGGGCAAGAUCAGGAAAUGGAUUGUCUCUGGACACGGCAUACUGGGCAAGAUCAUCCCACUGGCUGCCUGGGUCCAGAUGCUGUUCGGUGGAAUCACUGCCUUGGGCUUCUGCCAGGGCGACCACACCGGCCAGUGUGCUGCCCACUUCAUCAUGGGGUCCGCCUUCAUCGCAUAUGGCAUCGUCUACACCAUCCUCCUUCUGGUUGGUCAGAUCUGGCUGCGUCGCACCGGCCGCUCUCAGGAAUUCUACGACAGCAUGGUUAUCGCUGCUUGGGGCUGCGUGAAUACCUUCACCGAGCACAGAUGGGGUACUCCCUGGGUACGCAACGACUUGCAGCAUACCAGUAUGGGGGUCAUCUGGUGGUGCGCUGGUCUCUUGGGCAUGUGGCUGAGCCGUGACCGCCGUGGCCGUUCCAAGCGCAACUUGAUUCCCGCCAUCGUUAUCGCCAUUACUGGCUGGGCCAUGAGUGGUCACCCUCAAGAGUUACAUCUGAGCACCAUGGUACACAGUGUCUUCGGCUACACUCUCAUGGCUGCUGGCAUCACUCGCAUCAUCGAAAUCAGUUUCGUCUUGAAAGAUGCCAACUCCAUCUCCGAUGAUGGAGAGGAAACCAACAGCUUCCAAUUCCUGCCUCCUUUCUUGCUUUAUGCCAGUGGCUUCCUCUUCAUGGGCGCCACCGAGGAGCAGAUGCUGCUCUUGUCUCAAGCCGGUGUCACCCAUGUCGCCUACAUCUUGAUCCUCUAUAGCUUCGCCUUCCUCAUGUUCCUCUUCGUGAACAUGCUUCUUCGUCUCUACACCUACUACGCAGACUCUCCAACCGAUGGCAAGACUGUUGAUCCGGAAAGCAGGCUCAAUGGACACGCUCUGCCAAACGGUCAUGCCCGCUCAAUCCCGGACGCGAGCGACCGCCAGAUCAGGGACGCCGAAGAGUUUGAGCUAGAGGGUCUCAUCAGUGAUGAAGAUGAGGACCUAACAAAGCACCAAAAUGGACGAUAG